AUGGAAGUGGAAUUGGUUACCGAUGGGAUGUCGGAGGAUGAAAAUUAUGUUGCCGAUGAUAUUAACGUUGAUGAAUAUUUGAACCUGGAGGGUGAAAGAUGUGGGAUUUGCAUGGAUGUUAUAAUCGACAGAGGCGUGCUAGAUUGCUGCCAACAUUGGUUCUGUUUUGCAUGCAUUGACAACUGGGCUACCAUCACAAGCCUAUGCCCACUUUGCCAGAAUGAGUUUCAACUGAUAACAUGUGUGCCUGUAUAUGAUACAAUUGGUAACAAGACUGAUGAGGAAUCAUAUCAAAGAGAUGAUGAUUGGAGCAUUGAAGGGAAAAACAACACCCUUUCUUUUCCAUCAUACUAUAUUGAUGAAAAUGCAGUUGUGUGCUUGGACGGAGAUGACUGCAAAAUUCGGAAUGGAUUGAUUGCGAUUGAAGAAGAUUCAGAUAUUGAUACAUCCAUUGCUUGCGACUCAUGUGAUAAAUGGUAUCAUGCUUUUUGUGUGGGAUUUGAUCCUGAAGCCACGUGUGAGAACUCCUGGCUCUGUCCAAGGUGUGUAGUGGAUAUGCCACAGAAGUUAGUUGAGGUUUCAGUAUUAAGUUCAAGCAACAAGCAUGAUGAUAGAAGCCUCACUAGUGAUUGUUCGAUGGAAGCUUCUUUAGCAGGAAGAGUAUCGAUAUCUGUAGCUGAUGUUGGGGAGACAGCUGUAGUCGUCUCACUAGUUGACGGAAACCGGAGGAGUCAAGAAUUAAGUGUCCCAGCCUUACACAGAAAGGACACAGAAAACACAUUUAUAUCCAGUUCCGUAGCUGAUAUGCCAAAGUUGGAAGCAUCAUCGAGCAAUAGUGCUUGCACAGUACCAAACUCCGGGGGCCAAGAACUAGAACUUUACCUAAAUACGAAUGAUGAAGAGAUAAGAAGACCAAGAUGUUUGAUUAACAAAUUGUCUGAUUCUGGUUUAGAUUGUAACUUUGGUUUAUCAGUGGAUUCAUCUACUGCUGUCGACGUGAUGGACAAUAAAAAUGCUGAAGAUCAAGUGCCUGGAUAUGUGGAACUGAAGAAUAGUUCAGAGGAAUGUCUUUUACCAGCUGACAACUUGAUGCCAGAUAAUAAGGAAAUGCUUUCAGUUGACAAUGCAAUAUCAGAUGCAAGAAAUAAUGUGGUUGGAAUUAGUGGUUCUAAGAGAAAGCAUAGAGAUAGCAGAAAUGCUGAGGAUGGAGAAAGAAAAGUUAGAACUGAGGCUAAAUGUGCUCUGAAGAAAGUCAAAGCUGACAGAAACAGAGGGCAGAUUUUUUUGAAGGACCAAGCUGAUGAAUCUGUUUUAGAAGACCCCAAAACAGUAGUUUCUAGUUUGAGCGCUGUCUCUGAUGAUAAAGAACCGAGAUCUACAAAGGAAAAUGGUAAGGCAGAUAUAAUGUCUAUAAUUCAGGGAACAAAUCGUAAAUCUUCGAAUCGGCUUGCUCAUAAACACUCAUCUAGCACGCUCUCCAAAGAAAGUGAAAAUACUUCUGGUUUGAGGCUCAAAAAGAUCAUGAGGAGAGGUGGUGAGGACAAGGAUUCAUCUGUUCAAGUUCAAGAGCUUAGAAAAGAAAUCAGAGAAGCUGUUCGUAACAGAUCCUCGAAAGAGGUUGGACAAAACCUUUUUGAUCCGAAACUUCUGGCCGCAUUUAGGGCUGCUUUGGCAGGAUCAGUGACUGAAACUGAAAGUAAGAAGCUGCCUCUGGAUCUGAAGGCAAAGAAGUCACAGUUGCAGAAGGGAAAAGUACGUGAAAGUCUAACAAGAAAAAUAUAUGGUAUCAACGGAAGGCGAAGAAAAGCAUGGACCCGGGAUUGUGAAGUUGAAUUUUGGAAACAUCGCUGCUUGAAAACAACAAAAUCUGAAAAAAUUCAGACCUUGAAGUCAGUUCUUGGCCUCAUAAGAAACGGAUCUGAUUACACGGAGGAACUUCCUGGGAACGAUGGCGACAGAAGUGGUUCUAUUCUUUCAAGAUUGUAUUUAGCAGAUGCAUCUGUUAUGCCACGGAAGUGUGACAUUGAGCCUGUGUCAUCCCACAAAUCCAUUGCAGCACCUGCACUGAAAAAAGAAGAUGGUUUAACUAAAAAAUCAUCAACUUCAUCUCCCAGCGCCCACUCUUGCAUGAAUCCACCAAAGAAUGAUAUUUUGUCGCAGGGUAAAAUUCCUACAGUAGAUACUAAAGGUACUAGAAGGAGUGCUAUGGGCACUAAGGAUGGAACUGCUUCUGGUAAAGUACAUCAAAUUAAAUGCUCUGAAGGAUCAUCUAAGUCUACAUUAAGUGGUGUGAAGGUACCUUCUGAGAAGGAAGCAGAGGGUAAAUCUGACAACAUGAAGUGCGAUAAAAGGAAAUGGGCUUUGGAAGUUCUGGCCAGAAAAACGGCAGUCUUAAGCAAAAAUGCAGCACAAGAAAACAAAGAGGACAAUUCCAUGCUCAAAGGGAAUUAUCCUUUACUGGCUCAAUUGCCGAAAGAUAUGUGGCCAGUUUUUGCACCCAGUCGUCACAACAAAAUUCCAGUGUCAAUUAGGCAGGCUCAACUUUACCGAUUGACAGAGCACUUUUUGACGAAAGCCAAUAUAUCAGUCAUUCGCAGAACUGCUGAAACAGAGUUGGCUGUUGCUGAUGCGGUCAAUAUUGAAAAGGGGAUCGCUGAUAAGUCAAAUAGCAAGCUAGUAUAUAUGAAUCUGUGCUCACAGGAGUUAUUGCGUAGAUCAGACAAUGCCAGUUCAAGUAGAACUACAGAAUCAAACCCUUCUCAGACUUCUGAAUAUUCUUCUGAAAGACUGGUAGAAGAAACCAUUACUUGCUCCAUGGAAAUGGAGGUCAACGAAGCAUUGAAAACCGCAGGGCUUAUGCCCGAUUCCCCUCCAAAUAGUCCCAAUUGCCCAAGUUUGUUGGAAGAAGACGAGGGGCCUGAUAAUGUAUUUGAAGUUGACACUCAUCCGGAACUUGAUAUUUAUGGCGAUUUCGAGUAUAAUUUGGAAGAGAAUGACUUCAUUGGUGCUGGUGCGUUAAAGAUCUCUAAGCCACAGACUGAAGAGUCAAAAAUCAAAGUCGUUUUCUCAACCCGUAGUCCCGAAAAAUCAAUUGGCACUGUGGGCCCCCUGAAUCACGAGGGACCCACAAAUCAUGAAGCUUUGAACAAUUCAUCUUGCUUGCCCUUGUCUCAGACUUGUCUUGGAGGCUCAACUGUGGACGUUGGAACUGUCAACUGCCUUGAUGAAAAUAUUUUGAUCCAUGGAGAUGAAGAACCUUCUCCUGAUGAAUGUGAAGAACUCUAUGGACCUGAUAAAGAACCACUUAUUCAAAAGUAUCCUGAGACGGUAACAGUAGAACUGUAUAAGCAUAUGAUCAAUCAUGAGUUUCAUGGAGAAAAUGGAGAUCACGAGGACAAUCAAAUGGAGAAGGAAUCUGAAGCAGCUGGUGUGAGUUGUGUGGAUAACCUUGAAGUUUCCAAUGUUCCCCAUGGCCCUUCUGUAUCAAAAGAAUCGCCCCGCCAUUCACGAGCAAGAGAAAAUGCUGCAAAGAAGGAGAAGAUAUCUAAGACUGAUGUUGAGAAGCAAUCAGAAAGCAAUAACAUUGUGUCAAAGAAGGUCGAAUCCUACAUAAAAGAACACAUCAGACCACUGUGCAAGAGUGGUGUGAUCACAGUCGAAGAAUACAGUAUGUUGAAGCUGCCCAGCAGAAGGCGAAAACUUAAUCAGCACACGAUUGCUGCGGUCCCCAAACAUUACUGCCUGGAGCAUUUAGCUCCCCAACUUUCAAUUUUGGUGCAAGUCAGUCCUCCAGGAUGA